AUGGAUGCCUCCAGCCUGCAGAGCAAAACCUUCGACAUGGAACCUAUCUUGGUCUACCUCCGUCAAAUUAUCGCACUGGUUCCUAAACCCAUCCACGACCUGAUCAUCUCAUUGAUCGGCGCGGACUGCCACCGCACGCUUCUCCUCGAUCUCGACCUCACCAAGGACCCCGCCUGCCUCUCGCUUGCAGUCUCCAAGGCGCUCGGGCUCGCAAUUGUCGGCGCCAGCGCGGUGGUCAAGCUCCCCCAGAUCCUGAAGCUAAUUAACUCGCGCUCCUCCGCUGGUGUCUCCUUCAUUUCGUACGCCCUGGAAACUGCCAGUCUGCUCAUCACCCUCUCCUACGGUGUGCGCAACCAGUUUCCCUUCACCACAUACGGCGAAUCAGCUCUUAUCGCUAUCCAGGAUGUCGCCGUUAGCGUCCUGGUCCUGACUUUCGCCGGCCGGUCUGCUGCCGCCGCCGCCUUUGUCGCUGUCGUCGCGGCUAGCGUUUACGCGCUGCUUUUCGAUCAAAGUCUUGUCGAUGCGCAAACUAUGUCUUACCUCCAGGCCGGUGCUGGCGCUUUGAGUGUUGCUAGCAAGGCUCCUCAAAUUUAUACCAUCUGGCGCGAGGGCGGAACUGGACAACUGAGCGCAUUCGCGAUCUUCAACUACCUCGUUGGAUCCCUGUCCCGCAUUUUCACCACUCUUCAAGAAGUCGACGACAAGUUGAUCCUUUACGGAUUCAUUUCGGGCUUCACUUUGAAUGUGAUCCUGGCUGCCCAGAUGGUUUACUACUGGAACAGUCCCGCGCCCAAGCAGAAGGCCUCCCGCAAGUCCGCGGACCAGGUCGUCUCGGGCCAAAGCACUGCGGUGCCCAAGUCAAACUCGAAGUCGCCCACUACACGACGCCGGGGUUAG